CAGGUGGUUGCCCAUGUGACGUGCCAAUCGUCUUUAUGAGAUGCCACCUCUGGUUCUCAGCCAUCGUAUGUGGAGCCGCGUAGGAGAUUCAGGGUCUUCAUUGCAGUACCCAAAGUCAAUAAGGUUGAGGCGAUGUUUUCGCGGGCCCAAUAAGCCAAUCUCCCAGGCUCAUGGCUUGGAUCAGGCACUAACCCAAAACGGUGUGCUCGUUUUCGCUUGUUCUUCUAACAGUCAGAGGCUGAAGAUGUGAAGACAGUAUAUAUACAGGGUAGAUGAACGAAGAUGGAGCAAAGAUCAUGCUAUCACAUUUUAGUUAUUCUAUCACAACCGCUUGCUUCAGUUACAGUGUCACAUAGUCAGGUCGGUACAAGAUGAUGCUUGACAAAAGAUCCCCUUAUCAGGAGGGAAGUCUCUGGUACUAUGCGCCCAACCAAGGAGCACCCAUCUCUUUCGCAAUAAUGUUUGCUGUCUCUGGGAUGGUACACAUUUACCAAUGUUGCCAGUACAAGUCUUGGAAAGUGACCGGUCUCCUACCAUGGUCUGCUCUUCUCUUUACAGCUGGGUUCAUAAUGCGUACUAUCGGCGCCUUUGGACAGUGGGGGAAUGUGGGUAUCUACAUUGCGAGCACCGUUCUAUUGCUGGCUGCACCACCCGUCUAUGAGGGCGCCAACUACUUCACUCUGGGCCGCAUCCUUUACUACAUCCCAUACCAUUCGCCAAUUCAUCCUGGUCGCGUUUUCACCACUUUUGUGGCGGUCGGUGUUGUGAUCGAAGCUAUCACCGGCAACGGGGCUGCGCUGGUUGCUAACUCUGAGGCGACGGAAGGCAAGAGAAAGACAGGAGAGGGAUUGCUUAAAGCAGCUCUGAUCCUGCAACUUGUGCUUAUGGCUGCCUUUGUUGCCUUAGCUGCCAGAUUCCACUACAAUUGUCAUCGUGGUGGUGUCUUGAACGGCAAGAUCAAGCGGGCCUUGUACGUGUUGUAUUGCAGUUGCACCCUCAUUACUGUGCGCACGAUCUACCGGACGGUGGAAUAUUUCAGCGCCACGAGUCUCAAUAUCUAUAGUGGCGGCAACCAGAUUAGCCCAAUCCUCAAGGAUGAGUGGUUUUUCUGGAUUUUUGAGGCUGUUGUCAUGUACCUGAAUACCAUCUUGCUGAAUGUCUGCCAUCCGAUGCAGUGGCUUCCACGCUCCAACAGAAUAUAUCUUGACAGGGAUGGCAUUACCGAGAUCGAAGGACCUGGUUAUGACGAUCACCGACCAGUCAUCUUGACCCUUAUUGAUCCCUUCGACAUUGUUGGUCUUAUCAAGAACAAAGGUAAACAGGAGAAGUAUUGGGAAGAUGAGACAGUCAGCAAGCUCAGCAAAGGUUCGCCUGGACCAUCCGCUGUGUAG